GCUGUGGUGUGACGCGGCGGUGACGUCGUGCCGGGGGAAGUUGUUUUUGCUCGACUCUUGUAAGAGUUGAUCAGUUACCGGUGAACCCAGAGUCCCUGGUCCCGGAAUAAAGACAAUAAUGUGCCGAUGAGUCUCUCUUGUAGCUGAGGCUGUGGUUGAUGAAGGAAUGGAGGUGCUGGACAGUCCUCUCAAUCUCGCCCAUCAACAGUGCAGGAAAGCAGAGCGCUUGCUGGCUGCUGGGAAAUUUGAAGAUGCCAUCUCCUGCCACAGAAAAGCGGCAGAACUUCUCAAGGAGGCCAUGAAGCUCACCGAGUGUGAACAGGCUCGCCUGUCACUGGAGCUUCAGAGGGACAGUCACAUCAAGCAGCAGAGGCUGAUCGAGGAGCAAUGGAAGCGAGCGAAGCGAGAGGACAAGCCCAGAACACUCCAGCAGGUCCAAGCCUCAGACCAAACGCCACGCCGCCACCUACAGCCGGGCGGAACCGCCAUGGACGUCUCCCAACCCUCUGAACGCGAGUACGACACCUGGUUGUACCUCCUGAAAAACAAAGGCACUGUUCCAGAGCCCUGCGCAGGCAGUAAAGCCCAGAAAGAUGACAAAACCCGUCUGGAAGAGCAGCAGACCACCAUCAUCGACCUACGCAACCUAGUGGACCGACUGGUGUCCGAAAAUGAGCAGCUGAAACGGGAGAACGAGCAGCUACGGAUGGAGAACGCACGGCUGAAGAAGGAACCCUAUGCUGAUGCCGACUUCGUGGAGCGGUCGGAGCUGUGGGUGCUUCCGCAGACGCCUGAGGAGCGCAAGGCCAAGGACAUUCCCAUCCCACAGCUCCCUCCGCUGGAGAUGCCCACUCAGGAGAUCCCUCUGGAAGACCUGCCCGGCCUGGAGCUUCCUGAGGACAUCCAGCAGGAACUGCAGGAGCUUUUGGACGGGGAGAAGCUGUGACCACUCUCACUCAAAACACACACCAAAGGGAGACUCUGAUCGCCAUCGUGUGUUAGCGAACACACACAGAGGAAGCACAUUCACAGUGAAGCAGCCCAGCGGCGGAAAUGACGGUUCACGUGACCAUCCUACUCAACUUCUUAGUGGCGCCCUGUAGCGAUUGGAUAUACAAAGAAAGAAAACAAUGCUUUUUGAAGUACGUGUGCCUUUUUGAACAUUUGUAACGUGUUUUUUUUUUUGUUAUGAAGUACGUGUGAAAAGGGACACCGGAGAUUCUGUUGAACACUUAUCAGCAG